AUGUUAAAGGAGAAUAAAAAGUUUAUUGGUAAAUCCCUUCAGCCAGCACGACCUGUGCAUCAUCUGGCUUCUAAACAAGCCAUUGCGUUAGACUGUCAGACUGAAUUACCUAGCAACACUGAAGUAUGCUCUCAGAGUAAGGUUGACUGGUUAUCUGAAAUGACUGAAGUGAAGCUCUUAACUCAAACUAUGAUGCCCUGUCAACCAAAACAGCAUGAAUCAGAAGCAAAAAAAGAAAGGAUCAAAUACAGCAGAGAUUUCCUUCUGAAACUUUCAAGUGUUUCUCUCUCUCAGAAGAAGCCAGAGUUCCUUCCUGAUCAUCCAGUUGUACUUGAAAAGCCAGAAAAGAGCAACCCUUUUAUUGACAUAUGCAGGAAGUGA